ACAAAUGUACGUAUGGCCAAAACAAGUUAUCAUACGUAGGGCUUGUGCGUAUGGGCACAAUAAUUCACGCUAGUGUGUGCGGCUAUAACUGGUUAGCAACGAAAAACUAUUAACUCACAAAUCAGAACUAUAGUAUCGAAGAAGUAGACAUAACUAUAUAAGUCUAGGUGGUGAACUUAAUGGAGUAACUUAUUACGAUCCUUUUAUGGUAAAAAAAUAUGCAAGGCGCUCCACCAGGCAGCUUUCUUGAAAUUUCAUAUUUUAUUCAAAGAAAACCUAUACAAAUGUAUGUAUAACUAAGCAAGUGGACAUAUCGUGGGGCUAGUACUUAUGGCUACAACAAGUCUCAAUUAGUACGUAUUGCUAUAACUGGUUAGUACUUGCAAAAACCGCUUGACUGAAUCAAGCCAAAAUAUAGUAUUGAAGUAGGUGUAAUUAUGUCUAAGGCGGCUACCUUAAUGGAAUAAGUUAUUGCGAUCCUACUAUUUAAAAUGAAAUAUUCAAGCCAUUCAGUCGGCAUUCUCGAAAUUUCAUGACUUAUUCUAGGAAGACUUUUACAAAUGUACAUGUUGAUAAGCGAGUGGACAUACAUGGGGCUAUAGUAUGUAUGGCUACAGUAAGUCGCUAUUCUAGUACACAUGGCCAUAACUGGUUAGCACUUUGAAAAAUUGCCUGACCGAAUUGAGCCAAAAAUAUAUAGUAUUGUUUUCGGGAACAAAAAUAUAUACUCUCUCCUAUUCAUAUUACUUGUCGCUUAAAUGGAUGUAUCUAGACGUAUUUUAGUGAUAGAUACAUCCGUUUGAGUGACAAGUAAUAUGGAUCGGAAGGAGUAGUUGAACAGGUAGACAUAACGACAGUGGUUUAUAUGGUAGCGAAUUUAAUGGGGUAAACUGCUAUGAUCUGGCUACUGUAAAAAUGAAUGUGAGGCAUUCCAUCAAGCGGCUUUCUUCAAACGUCAUGACUUUGUUGGAGAUGAAGAUUUCCACAAGAGAAAUGUCUAACAGCUCCCAGGUGCCCCUACACCCUCAUGAACAGUAAAUUCAUAUUAAAUUGAAAACAAAAUCAAAAAAAUCUGAAACUUUCAGGGAUCAAAGAUUAUCAAAGGUUUGAUGUUCAUGCAAAGUUUUAGAAACAAAUAACCUUCGUGAAGCCCUCACCCAAAAAAACAAAAUCACUGCUCAAAAAUGUACAUAAACUUUGAACAAUGAUUUUGUUUUUUUAUUUGAGUGCUCUUCGAAUGUUAUUUUUAGCUAAAACUUUGCAAGAUCAUCAAAAGUUUCAUGAUGUUCGAUGUCCCAAAGUUUCAGAUUUUUUUUAUUUGUUUUGAAUUUACUGUUCAUAGAGGGUGUAGGGGCACCCGGGUGCUGAAAAUCCUAUCUCUUUCCACAAAUGUAUCAUAUGGCUAAACAAGUGGACAAAAGUGGGGUGUGGCUACAACAAGUGGCGCAAGUAUGUAUGGCCAUAACUGGUAGGUACUUGGAUUACUAGUGUAUGGCUACAAUAUGUGGUACUAGUACGUAUGGCUAUAAGCCUACUUGGAAUGCAUUCCAUGCAAAACAAAACAAAACAAAAAUGGAUUACAGGCACUUAGCCGGUUCUUCUUAAGUUCAUACUCACUUUUUCCAUUUGCAUGAUUUGACAACUUGCAAACAAUAUGGAUUGUUUAUGUUUCUUUUUACCAACAGAAGGACUAGAGUAUAAAUUGGCUUGAGUAGUAUCUCUAUAUAUACCAGCACUUCCGUACUUCAAGUACACCUCUCCUGUGCUCCGACGAAACAGUUCAAUGGCAGCAAUUCAAGAAGACUGCUCUGGCGAAGAGACGAGGACAACUUUUCACCCGACUCUGUGGGGUGAUUACUUCCUUAAAUACAAGCCACAAUCUUCAGCGCAGCAAGCUCACAUGAGAGAAAGGAUGGAAAUACUAUUGGAGCAAGUAAGAACAGUGAUGAAGGAGGCAAAUGAAAUCCCCAAAAUACUAGAGCUUGUAAUCACGAUUGAGAGACUUGGUUUGGGCUACCAUUAUGAGAAUGAGAUUGCACAACUACUAGAUGUUGUUUUGAACUCUGAUUAUGAUGAUAAUAAUCUACACUUGGUUUCCCUUCGAUUUCAUCUUCUACGAAAAAAUAGAUAUGAUGUUUCAUCUGAUGUAUUCCAUAAAUUUGAAGACAAACAAGGAGGUUUUGUUCAGUCAGAUACAAAUAGUUUGUUGAGCUUAUAUAAUGCAGCACAUCUGAGUAUCAAGGGGGAGGAUGUAUUUGACAUGGCAGUCUCUUUCACGAGAAGACACCUCCUCGGGGCAUUAGAAAAUUUGGAAUCACCAUUUGCAGGGGAAGUUUCCUCUUCCCUUCUUACACCUCCUUUUAGAAGGGUUGGGAUAUUAGAAGCAAGAAACUACCUACCGUGUUACACAAACAAGGCUACACGAAAUGAAGCCAUAUUGGAGCUUGGCAAAUUGAAUUUCAAUAUUCAGCAACUUCAUUUUUGUGAGGAGUUGAAAGACGUCACAAUGUGGUGGAAUAAGAUCAAAAUGAAGUCAAGGUUGAGUUUUGUAAGAGACAGAAUUGUAGAAACUUAUUUUUGGAUAAAUGGGACUAGCUACAACCUUGAAUAUUCUUAUUCCCGAAUCAUAGCUACAAAGGUCACCGCUUUCAUGACUAUAAUAGAUGACAUAUUUGACACAUAUAGCAGCACUGAAGACAGCAUGCAACUUGCGGAAGCAAUUAAUAGGUGGGACGAAGAUGCAGUAAAUGUGCUUCCAGAAUACAUGAAGGAUAUCUACUUAUAUUUGUUGGAAACAUUUCAUUCUUUUGAGGACCAUUUAGGACCUGAGAAUAGCUACCGUGUGGUUUAUCUAAAAGAAGCGUUCAAGAAAUUGGUUCAAGCAUACAGUGAUGAACUAAAAUGGCGUGAUGAAAAUUAUGUACCAAAAACACUUAAUGAACACCUUCAAGUUUCAUCGGUAAGUAUUGGAACCUCUGUGGUAGCAUGUGCUAUAUUUGUUGGCAUGGAUGACACAACAGUGGAAACUCUCAAUUGGGUGUCGAGCGACCAGAAACUUCUGAAGUCUUUUGCUAUAUAUACACGUUUCACGAAUGACAUGGCAUCAGCAAAGGUAUUUAUAUAUACUUGGAGAUGUGAUCACCUUCCGAUGAUUAGUUUGCAUGCAUGCAUCUUCGCAAAGUGACGAAGUAAUCUGAACAUAUAUAAGUGUAAACAUGUAUUUUUAAAAUAGAUAGCUAUACAUAAUGAAUAUUGAUUAUACUCACGAAGGCACAUAUUGUGUUAUUUUGUAUGCUUACAUCAUGAUAACUGCAUGUUUCUAUUGUAUACCUAGCCUAUGCGAACUUGAACAUACAAGUUUAAUUUUAAAGUUUUAGGUUAUAGUCAUUUACAUCCUCUCGUAACUCAUGCAUGCUUUGAAGUGAAGCUGGAUUAAUCAUGGCCCGACCCGGGUAAGGGCGAUGAUUGUAGGACGUACACAGG